ACAAAUAUUUCAAAUCCCUCGAAAUUUUCAUCUCUCAUGGCCGCCUGCCGGAUGUAGUUUUCUAUAUUAACUGUAAAUUGCUGGAGAUGCUUGGUAAUUUGGCUUUUCUUAAUUGCUCUUAAUCGUUUGACUGGCAAAAGGGAACCAUAAACAGGGCAUUGCAAACGGAGCGGUUCUAGAAUUCCGCUUAAUUGAACCGAAAGAAUCAAUUUAAUUCAAGGUGGCUCAUGUGAAUGCCGAAUCAGGGUGAUACGUAACCACUUCAAAAGUACCCUUCUAGUGAUCGCGUGAAGAUGGCUUAAACCAAUCGACAACAGAAGAAAAACAACACAAGAAUAUUGAAACACCUGAUUUCAAAAAUCUGUCCUGAAUUAGGAAUGGAAAGUGGCAGUGAUUCUCCAUCGUCUCAGCGAAGUUUAACAAUGGAGGCAUUCACAGAUGAGGACGAAGAAGACAAACAGCAUCUCCUGGACAAACAUUGCGUUUCAUAUUUGGAGGAAACUAAAGCGCCAAUCAGAACAUUCCUGCCUCAAAAUUUCCGCGAAAAAUGGAGUCGUGCAGCAUUUAUGGCUUCCAUUGCUUCAUUACUCGUCACAGUUGCAUUCAGUUUGCUCUCGUUCGUGGCUUCCAAAAGCACAGAAAGUUCAUCUAUUUUUGCUAGUGCAUUAGAUGGGAUUAUGGGGGCUUUCAAUUCUCUGGCCGUAGCAUGGAGAUUUCGAGAUGCUUCCAAUGGUGAACUCGCACCAAAGCGAGAGAAAAUUUCUGCAUUUGGAAUCGCAGUAACUUUCAUGCUGAGUGGAAGCGCGACCAUUGCGAUUGCCAUUCUACAUCUGAUGGCAAAAGACUACCCUGAGAAACCCGAUGAACUUAUCAUAAUUCUAGCUUCGAGUUUCUCUUGUUAUUUCUUUCUCGCUCUCAUUCAAGACUGCAUCGCCAAGAAACUUGAUAGUAUUUCAUUAAAAGCAUCCGCCAUUGAUUCAUGGCUGGCAGCGGGUAUGUCACUGGGAGUAUUAGUUUCGACGUUCAUUUACAGGCAACUAGGAAAAAGCGUUUGGAUGUUAGAUCAUUCAGUGGCGUUAUUUAUCGGUUUUAUAUCCGUCAUAUAUGGAAUCCAUCUAAUUUUCCAAAUAGUAUUUUGCGCUAAACUUCCAAAACUUUGUUGAAGAGUUAGGAGAAAACCGAAUUUUUGUCCAUACGCAUACUUGAGUCAUUUAAUGGGCCCUUUUUUCCUCAAGAUUUCCAUGAACCGUAAAAAGGAAAUAGUUACUUUAAUUCCAAAUUGUGAUUUCGCGUAAAGUUUACUUUCAGAUGCGUCAUCACAAUAAAUAAUGCGAAUUCUCUUGUUCUCAUAAAGAGAACAAAGGGGGUGUGACUGCGUUCGCAGGCCUCCGAGCUCAGUCAAUCGCGGGAAAGGAUCCGGACUGUUUUGUUAAUUUUCGCGCAAUCAAAAUCCUGUACUAAAUCAACAUGCCAGUCGCUCACUCCACAAAAAAAGAGUUACAAAAUUAUUUCAAAUUAAAUGUGGUGUUUGCAUCAUCGCCUCUUGAAUGAAUGAAUGAAUGAAUGGAAAUUUAAAAAGUACGUUAGUUUUUUCUCGCUGUAGUUAUGUCUUUCUUGCUUCCAGGGCUUGUUAAGGUUGCAAAUCAGCUGUUACUGUGUCGUACACGCACAAUUAUAUAAUUUGUCUCUCGUUGUAUUGAGGUGUUUGUAGACAGGCGUUCAGAAAUAAAUGGUCAAACAUGACCACUUUUGUUGGUUUAUUGAGUUAUUGCGUUUCUAACAUUCGGCACAAAAAUGAAA